UUUCAUUAUUACCUUGCUUUCACAUUUUGUUGUUUUUAUUCACGCACUUUUCACUUCUAUUCUUGUUAUUUUAUUAAAGUGGAGGACGAUACAUACACGCACAUAGAACUCGACCCGCACUCCCACCUAAGAGGCAUUGACAUUACCUUUGUAACCGACGAACAAUUCAGCACCAUGUUUUUCACCAAACCUAUUCUCACUGCCAAAGGAAUGGAGUCCUUUGCUAAAAAUAAUGAGGCUAUUGUUUUCCACAGCACAUACGAUCUUGAAGGUGGAUACCGUCUCAUCAAAAAGGCCACCACCCCUCUUGUAAGGCACCUUGUUCUCAAAAAUCGAUUCAUCUUUAAUAUUUUGAGCCUGGAAAAAGCCAACUUGUUAAAGGACUUUUCACCUGCCAAAGCUGAAGUUAAAGUUAAAAGAGGCAUUGCAUUUUAUAAAAAGGGUGCGCUUAUUGCUGAAAUGGAGGGUUUUGAUUUGACUAAGUUUAUUAGUGAGCUAGCCAAGUUUGAAAAACGGCCGCAGCGGGAUCAGCAGGCGGUGCAUGCUGCGAAUGCAUCAUUCUUUGAAUUGCAUACCUUGUUUUAUAUACAUUUACAAUUGUUUUUCUGUAGUUAUUUGCUUGUUUUAUGAUUUCAAUAAAUUAACAUUUUCAAUUAUCCAAA